UUGAAUAUAAUUAUAUAGUUGGCUUUGAAACGCUUUUUAACUCAAUUGAUUACAACAAAGUUAAAAUUUUAAGUGUCAAUAAAAAUUCCUAUAAAAUGGCUUCCGAAGAAUCCAUCCAAGAAUCUAAUACAAGCGAUUUUUAUAUUAAAGAGACAACCCCUUUUCCGCUUGAAGAAGAACUAGAAGAAGUUCAAGAUCCAGUUGAAAAAUCAGGAAAACCUGAUUCAAAUAGUACUAAAGAAAUAUCCCAGGAUAAACUCCCAAUUAAAGAAAAUCAAACACCCUCGAGUCCUAAACGUCAGACAUUUAUAGAAUGUUUAUUAGCAUGCGAGAAACUAAAAGUAACAUCAAUAUUGAUUACUGUCUUUGCCAUUAUAACAAUGGUGUACUUGGGAAGAAUAAGUGAUGAUCGGAAACAAAUACAAAGUUCUAGAGUUUAUUUAACCGACGUUACAAUUGACCAUGUUACAAAAGGAAACACUUUAAAACAUGUCUGGAGAGUUUUAAACUCUUUAGGGUAUAGACAAGAUAAAUCUAUAACAUCUCUCAAAGAUUUGUCUAUGGACAACAAAGAUUGGAAUUUAUUAUGGACAUUUAAUUAUACUUUUAUAGACCACUAUGAAAAACUCAAAAAUUUGGGAGUUUAUCAAAAAAUAAAUCACUUUCCUGGAUGUGAAUACAUAACAGAAAAAGAUAAACUCAGUACAACACCUUUGAAAUAUAAUUUACCAGCUUUUAAGCUUCCAAGUGAAAAAGAAACAUUUUUAAAUUUUGCCGCAAAACAUCCUGAAAAGAAAUAUGUUAUAAACCACAACAGGCAAGGUAAAAUCGAAAUAAAAUCUUCAGAAGAAAUAAAAACAGGCGGAUACCUAGAUACAAAUGGAUCAUUUAUACAAGAAUUCUUAGAAAAACCUUUAUUAGUUGGUGGUCACAUGUUUAACAUUGAAGUCUACACUAUCAUAACCUCAAUUGAUCCACUCAGGAUUUAUAUUUACAACGGAGAUUUUCCUUUGAGAUUCUGUCCAGAAAAAUUCCAUCCAUUUGAUUCUAAAAACGUUGAUAAAUAUGUCGUGUCAGAUAUUCAUCCGGAUAUUGAUAUAAUACAAAACUUAUAUGAUAAGUUAGGUUAUCGUUGGCGAGAUAGUCUUUCUGCGUACUUAACUAUUGCAGGUCGCAACACUGCUUACAUUUGGAAUCAGAUUGAUGAAGCUAUUGGUAUGGCUAUAGUCUCAAAACAAUCUGAUAUCAAAAAAGUCAUGGCACAGUAUAAAUCAAAACGAAAUUUUUUUGAACUACUAAGAUUUGACUGUCUUAUUGACGAGGAUUUGAAUGUAUUUAUAUUAGAAGCAAAUAUAAGUCCUAAACUAACAUCAGAGCGCUAUGGAAAGAAUGUGUUAAUCUAUGAGCAGGUUUUGUUCAAUUUGUUUGGUUUGGUUGGACUGGCAGAUAGAAUUCAAAAAGAUUUAUCUCAUAAAUUUCAAGAGAAUAUUGAAAUGGAAACAAGCGAGAAGAAUAUAUUAGUACAGCCGAAUGUUUGUUCUGGAUCAGGUUGCAAAAAUAAUUGUGUUGAUUUGGUUUGUAAGGUGUGCAAAUUCUGUUUACAACAAAACAAAGAACUUGAACAGGAUCUCAGAGAAGCUCAUAGGGAACACUUAAAUAGAGGCGAUUGUAAAAGAAUUUAUCCACCAGCAAUGAAGCAGUUUAGCAAGUUACCAGAGACAUUAAAAGAAUUACCUGAAAACGACCAACUGAUGUAUUUAUGGUUUCAAGAGAAAUGCAAUUUAGACAGUACUUGGUGUUCAUAAUGAUUAUAAUCCUAAAGAAUCACUCUGUACUUUACAUUUUCACUUUGAGCGACAAAUGUUUUUCGGUGAUCGCAAGCGAUUGUUUCAUUUCUGUGACUUGUUUCUCAGUCAAUGCUGGUAAUGGUGCUCUAACAGGACCAUAGUUGACGGUGGAUUUUAAAUUCAUUGCCACUUUCAUUGAUGGUACCCAACCACAUCCUAAAUAUUAGAAAUAAAAUAAAUACAUAGAUUAUU